AUGGGUUUAGCCGCUCCCAAAAAGAACACGAAGAUCUCUCAUGAUCCCAAUAACACCAAAUGGGCCCGAUCCACGUCGGGCUUUGGCCACAAAAUCAUGAGUGCCCAGGGCUGGACCCCAGGCGGUCGAUUGGGAGCUCGGGAUGCUGCGCAUGCUGAUCUAUUGACUGCUGCCAGUCAUUCUCAUAUCAAAGUCACGAUUAAGGAUGAUAAUCUGGGAUUGGGCGCACGUUUAGCCCGAGAGAGCGAACCGACCGGACAAGAUGCAUUUAAGGGAUUACUAGGUCGAUUGAAUGGAAAGUCAGAGGCGGAGUUACAAAAGGAUGAGCGCAAAUCGGUUGACGUGAAGUUGGCGCGAUAUGUUGCGCUGAAGUUUCCCGAGGUUCGCUUCGUUCGCGGUGGACUCCUUGCUCAAGAAAAACUCGAAGCGUUACCUGCGAAGCCCCAAGAAAAGAAGGAAAAGUCCAAAUCUGCUGGAAACGAUCAACAAGGCAAGGACGAUGAUGAUUCCUUCAGCAAUUCAUCAACCUCGGCUCGGAAGUCCUCGAAGUCCAAAUCCAAGUCAAAGUCCAAGUCCAAGUCGAAAUCCAAGUCCAAGGCAAAGAAGUCUCACUCGCGCUCAGAUGAUGAUAGCGAUGAGGAUUCUUCUUCAGAGUCUGAGUCUAAGAAGAAGUCCAAGAAGCGGAAGGCUGAGUCUGAUGAAUCCUCUCAACCAGUAGUGGCUCCCACUACUACCACAGUUAUACGAGAGCACCGUCCAUUAGGUCGUCAAGUCUUCCGAGGCCGUCAUAUUGCCCAGAAGAAACGAGCGCUCAUGGAUGAUAAGUCCCUCAAUGAGAUCUUCAUGGUGAAAGCGGUGAAUGUGAAAGCAUAA